CACACAACUCUCCUGGGGGUCUCAACAGCAGAGGGAGCAACACGGAGAGAGAUGGCAGCUGAGGCCCUCAGUGACCAAAAUUCCUGCCCCACCAUCCCUGCCCAAGGCUGUGGAAAGUUGCCUGACAAGGAUAGCACCUCCUACUCCAUAACUGCCACCAAAAUGUCAGGGGAGAUGGACAAGCCCCUGAUUAGUCGCUGCCUGAUAGACAGUGAUGGAAGCCUUGCGGAGGCCCCCAGUGGGGCCCCCAAAGUGGGCAUCCUGGGCAGCGGGGAUUUUGCCCGCUCCCUGGCCACACGUCUGGUGGGCUCCGGCUUCAGUGUAGUGGUGGGAAGCCGCAACCCCAAACGUACGGCUGGGCUCUUCCCUGCCUCUGCGCAGGUAACUUUCCAGGAGGAGGCAGUGAGCUCCCCGGAAGUCAUCUUCGUGGCAGUGUUCCGGGAGCACUACUCCACGCUGUGCAGUCUCAGUGACCUGCUAGCCGGCAAGAUCCUGGUGGAUGUGAGCAAUCCCACAGAGCAGGAGCACCUUCGGCACCGCGAGUCUAAUGCUGAGUUCCUGGCCUCGCUCUUCCCCACCUGCACAGUGGUCAAGGCCUUCAAUGUCAUCUCUGCCUGGACCCUACAGGCUGGCCCGAGGGAUGGAAACAGGCAGGUGCCCAUCUGCAGUGACCAACAAGAAGCCAAGCAUAUAGUAUCAGAGAUGGUGCGUGCCAUGGGCUUUAUGCCAGUGGACAUGGGCCCCCUGACCUCAGCCCGGGAGGUGGAGGCCAUGCCCCUGCGCCUCCUCCCAGGCUGGAAGGUGCCCACACUCCUGGCACUGGGGCUCUUUGUCUGUUUCUACGCCUACAACUUCAUCCGGGAUGUGCUGCAGCCCUAUGUGCAGGAAGGCAAGAACAAGUUCUACAAGUUGCCGGUAUCCGUGGUCAACACCACACUGCCCUGCGUGGCCUAUGUGCUGCUGUCACUGGUGUACCUGCCUGGCGUGCUGGCCGCCACCCUGCAGCUGCAGUGGGGCACUAAGUACCGCCGCUUCCCUGACUGGCUGGACCACUGGCUACAGCACCGCAAGCAGAUCGGGCUGCUCAGCUUCUUCUGUGCUGCGCUGCACGCACUCUACAGCUUCUGCCUGCCACUGCGCCGCUCCCACCGCUACGAACUGAUCAAUAUGGCCGUCAAGCAGGUUUUGGCCAACAAGAGCCACCUGUGGGUAGAGGAGGAGGUCUGGCGAAUGGAGAUCUACCUGUCGUUGGGAGUGCUGGCCCUUGGCACACUGUCCCUGCUGGCUGUCACCUCGCUGCCAUCCAUUGCAAACUCACUGAACUGGAGGGAGUUCAGCUUCGUGCAGUCCACACUGGGCUUCAUGGCCCUGGUGCUGAGCACACUGCACACGCUCACCUACGGCUGGACCCGUGCCUUCGAGGAGAGCCGCUACAAGUUCUAUCUGCCACCUACCUUCACACUCACGCUGCUGGUGCCCUGUGUGGUCAUUCUGGCCAAGGGCCUGUUCCUCCUGCCCUGCUUCAGCCGCAGACUCGCCAAGAUCCGGAGGGGCUGGGAGAAGGAUGGCACUGUCAAGUUCACGCUGCCGACAGACCCCAUGUUGCUAGAGAAAACAAGCCAUGUGUGAGGUGUCUGGGCCUGCACCAAAUACCAAGCCCGGAUGGUCAGUGGACUCCUGAAUGAUCCAGUGCAGAGUAAUGGUAAUGUAAGGUUGGAAUGCCUGGAAUGAACAUUAUGCAGUAUUCAGAAUGACACACUCAUACGUGUGACAUACAUGUACAUACAUUUCAUACCUAUACAUAAAACAGGAUUUGCGAUUAUACUUCCUUAUCUAAAAAGUUAGGGCCUUGAGAUGUCAACUUGUAGACUUAGAAGCCAGUGCCAGAUGUUAAAGGAGCAGACCAUGCACUCCUAAAAUUUACACAGACUUUGUCCAGAAACUUAUCCUUUGGAGGCUUCCAUCCUGUAUUCCUCUUCUCUUGUACCCAUUAGCUACACCCCAAAGAAAGUACAGAGCUGGGACUCUGAAGUGGUUGGAAUGUCCACAUCUCUAGCUAUACCUGAGAGCUCAGAGAGUCUGGGGUGCAAGGGGUGCAAGUCUGUUUCUCCCUUUAGCCUUUGGCAGCAGAAGUGAGCUGCUCAGACUGGAACCCAGGGCAGGGAUGGAGGCUGGAGCUUGUACUAGAGCCAUGAAUAUUCAGUUCUCUGUCCUAUAGGGUGGGCAGGGGACUGAAGCAGCUCCACUUGAUCCUCAUUCAGCUGAGGACGUGGUUUUUUUUUUAGUCCCCCCCCACCCCGAAAGUGUGGAGUUACCACAGAGCCUGUAAAUUGACCCUUUUGCAAGGGUGUGAAGUCAGUGUGAAGACACCUCUGCGCUGCAGCCACUAACGAACCCCAUCUCAGAACAAGCGUAAUUGCUUUCUCUCCAUUAAGUUGGCAGUGACCGUUCUUUAAACCGCUGUGCCUUCUCGCCUUUUCCACCAUUAAUUUAGCCAUCUCCUCAGAAGGCCUGCAGUAGACCCCUGACAGGUCCCAGGGCAAGGGAGAUGUCAGGUUGAGUGAUACUAUUGCUAGACCCUCUUGGACCUGCCCCACUGGCUGAGGGGCUGCUAUCAUUCAUUUGGGCCUGUGGGAAAAUAAUAGGGACCCCCCCCCUUCAAAUGGCCUUUGCUGCCUCUUGUCAGAGCACUCAGAAAACCAUACUAGCUCCAAGUUCCACCUUGUGAGGUUUAGCAGUCACCCAUCCACAUCUCACCUCCCUUGGCUUCAGUUACCCACAGUCAACUGUGGUCUGAAAAUAUUAGCAUUCAUGUUGAUUCUUGAGGGAGGGACUACAUUCACAAACAUUAUUAUUGUAUAUUGCCAUAAUGGUUUGAUUGUGUUCUGUUGUUUUUCCUCUUCCUGCGCCUAAGUUAUUGGUUAGACCUCAUCAUGAAGUUUUAUGUAUAGGAUCGCCUACCAUCAGGUUCAGGCAUCACUGGGGUCUUGGAAUGUACCUCUAGUGGAGAAAGGAGAAACUACCACAUUAUACGUUUAAAGCAUCUGGAAAGGACUAAACACCAGUAUCCCAGACUACAACCAGGCUCUUCCAGUAUCUAUUUACCAGUCCUCUGCCCUCCAUCUGCCACUGAUUCAGACUCAAACAAGUUUUCUUCCCCUGGAGAGAAACAGCUAGUCUCCAAAUUCCCCAAAUUUUGACUGAGCCAACGAUCAGCCACCAAAAACCCACUCAACAAAAAGGUCCUCCUGUGCCCGGAAGCAUCUUUUCAAAGUAGGACUGGGGACGGGUAACUGGAGUGUAUAAGAUGGGGUGCCCCUGCUGCCCAGUUCACGUUAGCAUCCUUCAGUGAGAAGGACACACAGGACCACCCAGGCAAGAGCCUGUUCCUCUGGUGAGGUUCAGGGCUGGUUGGGGUGGGGGGCGGGGGUGAGUGGACAGGCUGCUUCCAGCAGCAGGUGCUUCUAGCUGCUGUUCUAGGCUGGGAGACAGAACUUGUGCCAUCAAUUGGACCUGAUAGAACAACAACACUGCCCACAGAGAAGCUCCCUGCACAGGGGUUGAGCAAAUCAGAGGUUAGCACAUGCUUGCAUUGCGCAGGCCUGUGGAGUCCCUGCUAAUGGGAAGCAGGAAGAAUACAAGCAGUGGAAAUCCCCAGUUCCUCCCCAGUAAGUGUGGACUACUUCCUUUUUCAGUUCUUCCUUUUUCCCCAGCGGGGGUUGGGGAUGGUUGCUCAUACCAAAGACACUGACACAGGGCCUAAUCUAAGCUGUUCCUGACCCUACCUGCCUUCUGCUGAAGGUGUAGAUCAGGAGAAAAGAUUUCAAGUGAGUGGCAGGAGGUAAGAGGUGGGGCAGAGGACCUGUCACCUGUUCUCCUGGACAGAACAGUCAGCUAUGCGCCAUGUGCUCGGCCCUGACCUUGUGUCCAAAUCUUGCCAAGCAGCUGGCCAUAGCAUCCCCAAGAGAGUAAGUUAGUCCCUGAGCUCAGUUAAAUCUAUGUGCCUCUGGUACAGAAGUGCCUCAACCAUGUGUUCUGGAACUCCCAAGGUUCCCAUGUUAAAUCUAUGCCAUUGACAGAGUGUAUGCAUUUUGUUUUUACUUUGUAGAGUUUGUCUAAGAAGCUGCAAAAAUAAAGCACUUACCCUGUGAAA